AUGUCCCUGGGUCGCUCUGUGAAGUAUGCGCGCACACACGCGGACACGGGCGCGUGUGUGCGCGUGUGGUUUAUCUGUGUCGUGAAGCUGGAACAGCUGGAGCUCAGUGAUGCCAUUGAGGCUCAGAGUUGGGUGGAGCGGCCAGUGUGCGGCCGAAUAAAGACCAAAUUCUACAGACCUCCUCAGUAUUAUCCAUAUAAAGGUUCCAGUACUCACUAUGAGGACGGGAACCCCACCAGCCGACACAAGAACCACUGUGCAUAUGUCGUUGAAAAGAUGGUGUCCUUCACUGUACAGGACGGAGCAGCGCCCUAUGUGAAAGCUGAAUACAACAAAUGUUCCUGGGGACAAAAAUGUCCAACUCUUCUAUAUCGUUUAAUGUAUAAACCCAUUUUCAAAGUGGCUCAUAAAACUGUGACAGAGUUGGAGUGGCGUUGCUGUCCAGGGUUCUCUGGUUAUGGCUGUGAGGGACCAGCUUAUCACCAUCCUGUGCCACCUUUCAAAGGUCCCCCUAUGAUGAAGGGCCCUCCCAUGAUGAAGGGUCCCCCUAUGAUGAAGGGCCCUCCCAUGAUGAAGGGUCCCCCUAUGAUGAAGGGCCCUCCCAUGAUGAAGGGUCCCCCUAUGAUGAAGGGCCCUCCCAUGAUGAAGGGCCAUCCCAUGAUGAAGGGCCAUCCCAUGAUGAAGGGCCCUCCCAUGAUGAAAGGGCCUCCCAUGAGUAGGCCACCAUUUAAAGGGCCACAUUGGGUUCAACCCAACGGACCAUCAACCACUGGAUAUAACACUCACCAAAUGCAUCAUUUUGACCCUCCAGCAUCCUCCUCUUAUCCAGACACUGCUUUUGAACCUCACCCAGCUGAGGCAGAGCCACUGCCUGAACACCAAGACCAUCUCUCCCACUCAGAUUCCCUAAACCCGCAGCAUGGGCAGCACCCGGAGCUCCAGGGCCCAGAGGAACAUCUCCCAGAGCAGCAUCUCCCAGAUGCAGAACCUGACGGUGAACAUGCAGAAGGUGAACAUUCUGAAGCUGUAGGCCAAGCUGUUGAAAAUGAGAUGGUGGUGAGGCUACUGCAAAUGGAGGAAGAAGUGCAGCGCCUAAACCAUGGCCUGGAGACACUGCAAGGCACUGUGAAUGCACUUGAGGGCAACUUACGGGCUUCUCUCAGAGAGGACGCAAACAGAAUGCUAUCCACUCUGCUCUCUGCUGCACCUGCACCUGUGCAGGCCUCUGCUGCUGCCUCUGGAAUAUCCACUGUAGGUUUUGGAGAGAUUCCAGGAGACACUCACACCGAUGGCAUCGAUGGGGUACAUGCAGUUCCUGGUUUGGCAGAACUAAAAGAACAAGUAGAUGGGCUAAAAUCUGAGCUCCAAGUCAAGUCAACAGAGCUUAGUGACAUGAGAGCAACAGUGACAAGGCACAACAGUGCACUGAAGAAACUAUCGAACCAAGCCAGACCAGCACCUGCCUCCUCUGUCAUUUCUGAAGAACAGAACAAGGAAGAUCUGGAAACCAUGAUGGAUGCCAGUCUUAGUGCGGCACGGACAGAUAUUCUUGGAGGAUUUGAAAAACGCAUAGAGACAGCAGAAAGCCGCUGUGUGGAGAAGGCUGGUGAUGUGCAUCGUCAGUGCAAAAAAGAGCAAGGGAUAACACAAGAGCAUAUAGAAGAUUCUUUGGUGGAAAGUACCACAGAUUUAAAAACAGAGAUAAGUCAGCUUCAGCUGCAGAUCAAUGACAUAAAAGCAAACAACAGCUGCUGUGGCAGAAUGGUAGGUCUCGUUCAAAGAGUGGAGUUACUUGAAACAUCUAUGACAGGUCUAAACCAGUCACAGGGGCAUCUACGAGUGGAGAUGAGUGGACAUAAGGACCACAUUGAGGGCAUUUUAGAAGGACGUCUGGCAUUUUUGGAAGAGAAGCUCAACGUUACAGGACCUGCUCAGAGCAAUAACACUGACAAGAGUAACGUGUUUGAGGCGGCUGGCAUGCGACUGGCUUUGGAGGACAGAAUGGAGGGUAAGCUAAGAACUUUAGAGGGCCGGCUUCUUACUGCUGUAGAGGAGCUGAGUAAUGCCACUUCCCCAGCUCUGCUGGAGGGGCAUGCUAUAUCCACACUUGAAACAGACCUUGAAUCGUUGCAGAGCAGGCUGGAGGUGGAUAUGGACAGAGUGCAGAAACAAAUCAACAGCCUGGAGAUUCUCUGCUCCUCCCCUCAAACCCUUUCAUCAGUUCAGAGAGAUUCUCCCAGUUUGGAUGAGCAGAAGCACAGUGGGAUAUUAGAUGUUCAGGCCGACCGUUUAAAUCGGCUUAAUGUUACACUGCAGAACAUUCUGAAGCACAUCAUUGAUCAGCAACAAAGGGAAUCUCCUAUUCACGGAGAGCUCACAAUUCUGAAAUUCAAAAUGUUUUCUGUAAACCACACAGUAAGUGGGCUGCAGGAGUCAAUUGGGACAGUGGUGGACCAGGUGGACCAGGCCAACAGCUCAUGGCAUGAGAGAGAAGCUCGUUUGGCCCAUCAGAUGAAGGGGGUGGUACAGCUCGUCAGCCGACAGGCCUCCAUGCUGGGCUCAGGAGAGCGCAGACUGACCCGCCUCAAGGGAGAGCUGCAGGAGAUGAGGAGGAGACUGGCCGAUGAGGUGAGGGGAUGCCGUAGCACUGCCAUGGGGGUCCAGAAAGAAGUGACAGAGGUUGGUGGGCGUGUGGCAAGUGUGGAGAGCAAGUGUAACGGUCUGACCUUCCUCGCAGAAGACUUGGAGAGAAUCAGGGAGGAGCUGGAGAAACAGUCAGUGGGACUCUUACAAGAAGUGAACGGAACACUGUCUAACCACACGCAGCAGCUGUCCGAGCUCAAGGAUGAACUUAGAAACUGCACAACCAAGAUAGAGCCGACGCCACAGAUCCCAGAGUCAGGAAAAGCUCUGCGAGGGGACAGCUUCACAUUCAAUUAA